CCCUUUCUUCUCCUUUUCUUUCUUUUUCCUCUCAUUUCCCCUCAUCCCCCUUUCCCUCUUGCAUCAAAAACAAAACCACAUGUGAUUACAUUACCAUUUACCAACAACUCCUCUUCAUCAUUUUACUCAAAGCCUUCUUCUUCUCUCAACAAAAUACAUGCCCGAUCCAGAGAGCUCAGAAGCAGGAACCAUGGAGGUGAAUCUGGAACACCUCCCUUACGCUCUCCUCGCCACCAUCAUGACCAAGCUCGACAUCGCUUCCAUCUGUUCCUUAGCCUCCACCUCCUCCACCUUCCGCUCCUGCGCCAAUCAAAUCCUCUCUUUCCUCCCCAAUUUCCACCUCGUCGACAUUGCGCCUUCUGGGGGUCUGCUGAGACCGUUGCUGCCACCGAACCCUUACCUUCAGAGCCUCAAGGUUGAUUGCGGUCGCCUUGAUGAUUCUGCAAUAGCCCUCUUGGUCAAACCCUCCUUGCAUGAGCUUUGCCUGCACAACUGUGCCGAUUUCAGUGGGAAACUGCUCUCUGAGAUUGGAACCAGAUGCAAGGAUCUAAGGUCUCUCUACUUGGGCUCGGUAGCAGAAAAAAGAGGGAGGGCAAUUCAUAUUUCUGAUCUGGAGGAGUUACUCAGCGGAUGCUCCCAAUUGGAAGCAUUGAAUCUGAUGUUUGACGUCUCUCUCUUUCUACGUCAUAACUUUGCUCGAGUUUGGGCUUCUGCCUCAGAGAAACUCACUUCUCUUGAGAUUGGCUACAUUUCUUCAGUUACUGUGACUGAACUGCUUAGCCCCAAUUUGGGAUCCCAUCAGUCCUUAAGUCCUGUUCAACCAUCCGUACUUCCAGGCAUUCAGAAACUAUGCCUUUCAGUGGACUAUAUAACUGAUGCUAUGGUUAGUACAAUAUCUAAAGGUCUUGUCUUUUUGACCCAUUUGGAUCUUCGGGAUGCACCACUGAUUGAACCAAGAAUUACAUUUGACCUAACGAACGCUGGCCUUCAACAAAUUAAUCCCCAUGGAAGGCUGAACUAUCUUUCGCUGAUACGAAGCCAAGAGUUCCUCAUUACCUAUUUCCGAAGAGUAAACGAUCUGGGAUUACUUCUAAUGGCUGACAAGUGUGCAAACUUGGAGAGCAUAUGUCUCGGCGGCUUUUGUCGUGUUACAGACACCGGUUUCAAAACUAUCCUGCAUUCUUGCUCCUGCCUACUCAAGCUGAAGGUCACUCAUGGGACUCAGUUAACUGACCUAGUUUUUCAUGAUAUCUCUGCAACAUCUCUUACUUUACUACACGUGAGCUUAAGAUGGUGCAAUCUGUUAACAAACCAUGCAGUUUUGAGGUUGGUAUCAAAUGUGGAGCUUAAAAUUCUCGACUUGAGAUAUUGCAGGAGCCUUGGGGAUGAUGCUCUCCAGGCCAUUGGCACACUUACAAAACUGAAAGUUUUACUAUUAGAUGGCUCUGAUAUAACUGAUGCUGGACUUUCAUGCUUACGGCCAUCUGUUAUUAAUUCACUAUAUGCGUUAUCUCUUCGAGGGUGCAAGAGGCUUACCGAUAAAUGCAUUGCAGUUCUAUUUCAUGGUUGUGGCAUGCUGGAAUUGAGAGAACUGGAUCUUUCUAAUCUUCCUAACCUCUCGGAUAACGGAGUUCUGAUGCUGGCAAAAAGUAGGAUUCUCCUUUUUGAACUCCGAAUGCGACAGUGCCCUCUAAUCGGUGACACUUCAGUCAUGGCAUUAGCUUCAAUGUUGGUUAAUGAGGCAAGAUGGCAUGGAAGCAGUUUACGUGUGUUGGAUCUUUACAACUGCGGUGGCAUUACACAGCUUUCAUUCCGCUGGCUAAAGAAACCAUAUUUUCCAAGGCUGAAAUGGUUGGGAGUGACUGGAAGUGUUAACAGAGACAUGGUAGAUGCUUUAGCUAGAAGUAGGCCCUUCUUGCAUGUGGCAUGCCAUGGUGAGGAGCUCGGGGCUGAUCCGUAUGAUAUCUCAGAUGGCUUAUAUACACAUGAUUAUGAUGAGGUGGAUGAAUUUGAGCAGUGGCUGCUUGAAGCUGAUAUUGAUACUGACGAUGAAGAAAUGGUUGAUGCUGAAAACAAUGAAGAACUGGUUAUCUAAUUUGCUUUAAAGCAAAUGUCUAAUUUGCUGGCACAUGGCUUAGCAUGUUAGACUUUUGUGUGAUCUGUUGUAUGCAUUUGAUUUGGACAAGUCGUGUUAACUUCUUAUAAUUCUUUGUUGAUUGGAACUUGGUAAAACUUUUUUGUUAAUAUUUGUUGUUUGGAACUUGUGCCCAAACCAUUCAAUGGAUUUGAAGUAUUGGCUGUAA